CAGAGCUCGGGGCUGCAUCCGUUUCCUCGCCGGGGUUUAAACCUGCUGCUUACAUUUGGUGUAAUUUUACAGAUUAUGUAAGGACGCUUUUCUGACUUCUGCCCCAGACGCGAGUCAAAUCCUCCCGAUAACAGCUCUUCCAGAUUUCCACUCUGGUCUGCUCACAGUUCAACAUCCAUGGCGUGUGCUCUUCAAGUGAGGGAGAGCUUCCUCCAACAGCUCGGCCUUGCGAUGAAAGAGGGUCAUUCUCUGCCAAUGGACCUGCACUCUGAACUGGAAUCCUGCUUCACAGGAACAAAGCCCACCCCUACAGUUCCUUUCAGCCUCCUGAGAAAACUCCACAGAUUCUUACAAAAAGAAGGCUUCCCAGUAUAUCUUCAUGAACUUCUGGAGGGAGCAGAAAUAUUUACACCAGAGGUGAAGUUGCCCCAGAGGAACCCUGAGCUGGUGGCCAGACUGGAAAAGAUCAAAGCAAAGUUGGCAAAUGAGGAGUACAGACGGAUUACCAAAAAUGUCAAUUGCCAGAUAAACCAACAUGGUACUCUGGGAGAUUUGGCCAGGCAAGUGCGGUCAGUCAAGGCAUUGGUGGUGACCAUCUUUAACUUCAUGGUGACAGUGGGGGCCGCAUUCGCCUGUGCCUACCUGGGCAGUCAGUACAUUUUCACAGAGCCGGCUGCGUGUGUUGUCAGUGCAGUGAUUGUGGCCUCUGUGGUGGGGCUGGCAGAGCUGUACGUGCUCGUGCGGAUGAUGGAAGGAGAGCUGGGAGAGAUGUAGCAGGAGCUUCGAUGCAAGUGAGCCCUGGAUGAGCUGCAAUCCAGUUUCUGUGGCUCUGAGACUUUCUGCCUAUAAACCUUGACUUCGUGAAUACACAGUGCUGGCGUCCUACAGUUUAUAAUUCACAUGCUCCUGCGCUGUGUGCAAAAGGUCAUUUGUUGUUCUACAUGUUGUUUUAUGGGCAUUUAAGGGAUAAAGAUAAAAUUUAUUUGUCACAUGUACAUUGAAACACACAGUGAAAUGCAUCAUUUACAUUAAAUUGAAUCAUUGAGGAUUAUGCUGGGAGGAGCCUGCAAGUGUCACUACACUUCCAGCGGCAACAUACCAUGCCUACAGCUCACUAAUCUUAGCCUGUACGUGUUUGGAAUGUGGGAAGAAACCAGAGCACCUGGAAGAAAUCCAUGCAUUGAGGGGGCAAAGGUACAGUGGUGGGAAUCACACCCUGAUCGGUGAUUGCUGUAAAGUGAUUGUGCUAACUACUAUGUUACUGUGCUGCCUAUUUAAGUCAGGGUAAUUGAGUCAGUGAGUGCCUGGCCAAAUGAGAUUGGAGCAAUAUUCCCUCCCACAACAAACAUUGAUAAGUAAGUUGUGACUUCUGAUGAUCUGGCAGUAAGACAUAGGAGCAGAAUUGGGCAGACCAUUUGGUCCAUUGAGUCUGCUGCACCAUUCCAUCAAAGCUGAUUUAUUAUCCUUGUCAACCCCAUUCUUAUGCCUUCUCCCCAUAACCUUUGACUCCCUGAUUAAUCAAGAACUUAGCAACUUCUGCCUUAAAUAUUCCCAAAUGACUUGUCCUGCACAGCCUUCUGUGGCAAUGAAUUCCACAGAUCCACCACACUUUGGCUAAAGAAAUUUUUCCUCAUCUCAUUUCUAAAUGGAUAUGUCUCAAGUCUGAGCCUUUAGUCCUAGACUACCCCACUGUAGGAAACAUCCUCUCGACAUCCACUCUAUCAAGGCCUUCCAAUAUUCAAUAGGUUGCAAGGAGAUCCCCCUCAUUCUUCUGAACUCCAGCAUUUAGACCCAGAGCCAUCAAACACCCCUCAUACAUUAAUGUUUUCAUUCCUGGGAUAUUUUUGGGAACCUCCUUUGGACCGUCUCCAAUGCCAACACAUUUUUUUCUUAGAGAAGGGGCCUGAAAUUGCUCACAAUACUCCCAAGUGCAGUAUGCCUUAUAAGGCCUCAGCAUUACGCCCUUGUUUUUGUAUUCUAAACCUCAAAAUGAAUGACUAACAUUACAUCUUGUAUUCUUACCACUGACUCAACAUGAAAGUUAGCCUUCGGGACUCCCUUCUGUCAAAGUGUGUGACCAUGCACUUCCCUACAUUAUAUUUCAUCUGCCAUUUCUUUGCCUAUUCCCCCAAUCUGUCCAAGUCCUUCUGCAGAUACCCUGCUUCUCCACCUUCCUUUGUAUCAUCCGCAAACUUGGCACAAAGCCAUAAUUUCCUUCAUCCAAAUCACUGAUAAUACAACGUAAAAAGAAGCAGUUCCCACACUGCAGAACAGCAUUAGACACCAACAGCCAACCAGGAAACUGCUGAAAGAUUUUGGCCCAAAACGUUGACUACUUUUUUUCUAUAAGUGCUGCCUGGCCUGCUGAGUUCCUCCAGCAUUUUGUGUGUGUUGUUCAGAACAGGGCUCCUUUAAUGCCACUCUUAGCAUCCUGCCAGUCAGCUAAUCUUUUAGCCAUGCUAGUAUCUUUCCCGUAAUACCACAGGCUGUUAUCUUGUUGAGCAGUGUCAUGCUCAGCACCUUGUCAAAGACCUUCUGAAAAUGCAAAUAAACAACAUCCACUUUGUCUAUCCUGCCUGUUAUUUCCUCAAAGAAUUCCAACAGAUUUGUCAGGCAAGAUUUCCCUUUUAGAAAACUAUGCUGUCUUUGGCCUAUUUUAUCAUGUACCUCCAAGUGCCCUGAAACCUCAUCCUUAAUAAUAGAUUCCAACAUCUUUCCAACCACUGAAGCCAGACUAACUGGCCUAUGCUUUUUCUUCUGACUCCCUCUUAAAGAGUGGAGUGAAAUUUGCAUUUUUUCACUCCUCAGGAACCAUUCCAGAACUUAGUGAUCCUUGAAAGAUCAUUACUAAUGCCUUCACAAGCUCUUCAUCUACCUCUUUCAGAACCCUUGGCUGUUGUCCAACUGGUCCAGAUCACUUGUCAACCUUCAAGUUUUUCAGCUUUUCAAGCAUCUUCUUCUUAGCAAUAGAAACACUUCUGCCCCCUGGCACUCUCACAUUUCUGGCAUUCUGCUGGUGUCUUCAACAGUGAAGACCGGCACAAAAUAAUCAAUUCCUCCAUCAUUUCUUUGUGCCCCAUUAGUAUCUCUCCAGCAUCAUUUUCUAGUGAUCUGAUUAUCCACUCUCACCUCAGUUUUACUCUUUAUUUAUCUGAAAAACUUAUAGAAUCCUCUUUUAUACUACAGGCCAGCUUCUCUUUGUAUUUCAUCUUUUCUCUUUUUAUUGCUUGUUUAGUUCCCUUCUAUUGGUUUUUAAAAACUUCCCAAUCCUCUACCUUCUCACAAUUUUUUUUUACAGUGUUACAUGCCCUCUCUUUUGCCUUUAUGCUGGUUUUGACUUUCCUUGUUAGCCACGUUUGCCUCAUCCUCCCUUUAGAAUACUUCUUCAUCUUUGGGGUGUAUCAUUCCUGCUCCUUCUAAAUGUCCCCCAUAAACAACAGCCUUUGCUGUUGUGUCAUCAUUCCUGCUAAUGUCCUUUUCCAAUCAACUUUCACCAGCUCCUUUCUCAUGCCUCUUUAAUUCUCUUUACUGUCAUGGUGACACAUCUGACAUGAGCUUCUCCCUGUCAAACUGCAGGAUGAAUUCAAUCAUAUUAUGAUCACUAUCUCUAAGGGUUCCUUUAUUUUAAGUUCCCUAAACAAGUAUGGUUCAUUACACAAUAGCUGAUCCCCUAGUGAGCUCAACCACUAGUUCUAAAAAGCCAUCUUCCUGGCUUUCUACAAGUUCCUUCUCAUGGGAUCCAGCACCAACCCAAUUUCCCAAUCUACCUGCAUAUUGAAAUCUCCCAUGACCCUGUAACAUUGCCCUUUUGACAUGCAUUUUCUAUCUCCCAUUGCAACCUGUAGCCCACAUCCUGACUACUGUUCAGAGGUCUGUAUAUAAUUCAAGGAUCUUUUUAUCCUUGCAGUUUCUUAACUCUACCCGCAAAGAUUCUACAUAUUUAAUUCCUAUGUCACCUUGUUUCUUUUUUUACCAACAGAGCCAUCCCACCCCUUUUACCUACCUAUCUGUCCUUUUGAUAUAAUGUGUAUCCUUGGAUGUUAAAGUCCCAAUCAUAACCUUCUUUCAGCCACGGCUUUGAGAUGCCCACAACAUACCUGCCAAUCUAAUUGUGUCACAUGAUCAUCCAUCUUAUUCCAUAUACUGCAUGCAUUCAAAUAUAAGACCUUCAGCCCUGUAUUCAUCAUCACUCUUUUUCAUUUUGGCCCCCUGCUGCACUUUAACUAAUCCCACUGACUGCAAUUUUGUCAUCUGCCUAUCCUUCCUGAGAGUCUCACUACACACUGCUUCCGCUUGUAUACCACCUGCCCCAUCCUCUGCCCUAUCACUCCGGUUCCUAUCCCCUGGCUAAAUUAGUUUAAACCCUCCCCAACAGUUCUAGCAAACCUGCCUGCAAGGAUAUUGGAACCCCUUGAAUUCAGGAGUAACCUGUCCCUUUUGUACAGGUCAUAACUUCCACAGAAGAGAUCGCAAUGAUCCAGAAAUCUGAAACCAGUUCCUCAGUCAUGCGUUCAUUUGUCAAAUCCUCUUAUUUUUGCCCUCACUGAUGCAUACAUAGGCAACAAUCUAGAGAUUACUACCCUGGAGGUCCCGCUUUUCAGCUUUCUCUCUAACUCCUUAAAUUAUUUCUUCAGCACCUCGUCCUUUUUGCCACCUUGUUCUCGUUUUUCAGUUGGAUUUCAUUUCACAAUUUGUAAAGUUCUGGAUCUAUUGAUCAGAAAGGCUCAAGUCUGGCAGCACUCCUAGAACAGCUCUCCCAUCUGCAAUGUAACUGAGUAUGUGGAAAUGCUUUGCACAUCAGUCAGCAUCUGCGGAAAGAGAGGCCUUUCAAUAGACACUGGAUUGUAUCUGAUUGGAGGCAGGAGAGUGCACCAAGCUGUGGAUACACUGGGUUGUAUUGAGUCCAUAAUCCACCAACACACUGAGUGUGAGAGGUCACAGCUCCUGUCUGAGUGUGUGAGGGGCUGCUCAACACCAACCCCACACUCCUGGUCUCUGGGCAUCCAGACAGAAAGAAGUGGGGGGGGGGGUCACUUGGGGGAAUGUGCUUGUUGGUCUGCCCUUGGGUCUGGCCACAUUGACCCCUCACAGGUUCCACCAGCAGCUUGGUCAAGGUUUGACCCCAGCCAACUGCUUGCCCCUCUCCUGAGCUUACAUCUGUGAUUGGGUGCCCCAGAAUCUCCUUACAGUACCACGAACUCCAUACUGAUAGCAGCUGGAAUGAAAUCCCACUUGUCAACACAGUAAAGCAUUACGCUAGCUGCUACACUGCGGUGCAACUCAUUCUGGUAAAGUGGAAGGCAUAUAUUGCAGGUUAGUGGCUGUGGGGUGAGGGCAGGGGGGCUGAUGACAGGGGUUGGGGGCUAUUACCAUCAACACACAAGUAAAUUCCUUGUGCCCCAUGACUGCAGAAGGUUUACAUCUGACAUCCAACCCGUGCUGAGAUGCCAGAGACAUGGCAAAGAGCCGUGUAACGCAUGAACUUCUCCAUUAGAGUUGGGGAAAGCAGAAGGGGGGGGGGGGUUUAAAUGCAGGGAAUGAUCUGUUCCCCAAUGACGAUGACACUUUCUCAGCAGGGCCUCCUCCCCAGGAUGGGGCAACUCCAGCCCCUCACUCCCAGGGUGCAGCACUUCCAUGAACUGCUCCUCACCCCUAGGCUGGGGUAACUGAAUCUGCCCCAACCACCUCCCUGGUUGUACAGUCCAAAUUCAUCCCUCACCGAUGAAGUGAACUCUUUCUCAGGUCAUUUAUGGCUCCUUAUUCCAUCUCCCUCAUUCUGCCCCAGGUUCCUGAACCCUCUGGGGCUGGGGACAGUUUCUUCCUGUCUCUUCAGUCUGAGAGGAUACUGUUAAUGAGAUCUGACCCGGCUUCUCCACUCCACGUACAUGUCUAAAGCCUCUCAACCAAGGAAAUAUCCCACACCUCUGCUGGAGCCUUCACACCUUCCCUAAUCUGUGGCAGAACUGGACAGGCAACUAUAGCCUUGGCUGAACCUGUGUUAUACACAGUCCUACACUCUAUGCCUCUGUUUGUAAUGCCCCGGGCCUACUUCCUGUGCUUGCCCCAACAUAAUAAAGGCUUCCUUUCCCCUAGCUCUCCAUUCCAUUCCCCUUACGGAUUUCUGUCAGAGAACUUCAAACAGUACAACAGAGUACAGGCCCUUUAACCUUCUCUAAGAUCAAUCUUACCCUUCCCUCUAAUACAACCCUCCAUUUUUCUAUCAUUAAUGUACCCAUCUAAGACCACCACCCCAGCACACCCGCCACUCUCAGGGUUUAAAAAAAAAGACAACUAUCUCUGACAUUCUUCCACCCCCUCCAGUUACAUUAAAAUUACGUCCCCUCAUAUUAGCCAUUUCUACCCUUGGGGAUAAAAUGUCUCUGGCUGUCCACUCUGCCUAUGCCUCUUAUCAUCUUGUACAUCUCCAUCAAGUCACCUCUCAUUCUCCAAAGAGAAAAGCACUAGUUUGCUCAACUAUCCUCAUCAGACGUGGUAUGUAACCUCUGGUUUAUAUUGACUCUUCCCCCCCGUCCCCGUCCCCGUCCCCACAAAUUAUGCCUCCUGCCUGCCUCUUCCACCAGCCUGUCCAUGAAGCUUCCAACUGCUGUUCACCCUGCCCGAGGGUUUUUUUGAUACAUUUAUUUUUAGCCUAUUAGAAAUCUACUGUAAAGAAAUCUUAAGGAUUGCCUAAGAAAGAUAUAAAUCAGCUGCAGCUUGUUCAAAAUACAGCAGGAAGAAUCUUAACCAAAAAAAAAAUCUGAGCAUACCUGAUGCAAAAUCUGAAAAUCUGAUGCAAUUACAAAGAAAAUAACGUGAGGCAAACUGGAAGGUCUUAAAGUUGAUAAGUCACCUGGACCAGGUGGACGACAUCCCAGAGUCCUGAGAGAGGUUGCUGAAGAGAUAACAGAUGCAUUGGUCAUGAUCUUUAAAGAAUCUCUUGAUUUUGGCAUGGUCCCGGAGAAAUGGAAAAUUGCAAAUGUCACUCCGCUCUUUGAGAAGGGAGAAAGACGAAAGAGAGGAACACUAAGAAAUUUGGUGCUCUUAACGAUCUCAAUGUUCAGCGGAGAGUGGUCGCUCUGUGUUCUCCUCAAGUCAACAACCACCUCUGUAUGUCGUGAGUUUGGAAUGGCUAUAUCUAUCAAGUUGUUCUUGCUUGUUUAUCCUGUGUAUUAUAUCUGGACGGUUAUUAUGGAGUGUCCCAGCGGUAAUAAUAAAUUAGUCGUUAUAUCCUU